GCUGCAUUUCUGCUGGCAUGGCUUAUUUUAAAAUAUCAUACAUCAUGUGGCAAGAUUAUGAUAGUGAUAAUCAGCAAAUGGUAGAUAAAUUUAUCAAGGCUGGAGUUGUAUAUUCAAAAGAGGUGGAAAAUGCUUUUCGCUGUGUUAAUCGUGCUGCAUUUGUUUCAAAAAAACUUCUAAGUUCUGCAUUUAUUGAUUCACCUAUUAAAGGGCCACCUAAUAUUCAUAUGUCAGCACCACUCAUCUAUGCUACAAUUUUGGAGCAUCUUGAAUUGGAACCUGGAAUGUCAUUUUUGAAUAUUGGCAGUGGUACAGGUUACUUUUCAUCUGUAGCAGGGUUCUUAAUUAAACCUCAUGGUUUAAACAAUGGAAUUGAAAUUAAUAACGACUUAGUUGAGUUUGCACGAGAAAAAGUAAAUGACCUUUUUAAGUAUAAUGAAAUGGCUGCAAAAGAAAUUUGUCCACCAACAUUUAUUUCAGGGAAUUGUUUUUUGUUAGACCCAUCUCAAAUAAAAUACGACAGGUUAUACUGUGGUGGUUCUUGCACUGCUUCAAAUGUGACCUUUUUUCUUGAAUUUUUAAAAAUUGGUGGAUUUUUAAUUGCACCCCUUGGAAAUAAGUUAAUAAAGUUGGAACGUGUAUCUCACAAAGAAGGUGUUAAAACAGUUUUAAGUGAUGUUUGCUUUGCUCCCUUAGCACGCCUUGAUUCAAAAGACCUUUCAAAAACGCGUGAUGGUUUUUUACCAAUGCUAAGAUUUCCUCUAUCUAAUAAAAGAAAAAAUCCUAAGAAAACAAUCUUCAUUGAUGCAAAUUUUCCAGUUUGUAGAAGCGCUGCUCGAAAGAAGCUAGCAAGACUCAGAGCUGUUCAAGAUGCUUUGGAUUCGUUAGAAAGAGAUUGCUCCAUACCACAACCAUUUUGUUACUUACCAAAUUUAAAUCAAAUAAAUGAUUACAAUUAUUUAAAAAAAAGUCAUUUUACUAACAAUCACUUAAAACAAUCAAGUAAAGAUUCGUUUAAAAAUCAUCAAUCAACCACUGAAGAAAAUCCCCAAUCAUUUAAAACUUUUAAACUCGAGGCUAAAAAUUCAAAUUACACUGACUUGACUGAUCGGAAACAAUCUUACAAUACAAUAGAUAUCUGGAAUCAUUUGUAUUCUAAUAAACUUUGGGAAAAUGUAGUUGACCACUAUUAUUCAGUGUGCUCAACAAGUCCUGAUCGAAGAGAUAGAUGUUUUCAACAUAAAGCAGUUAUUAACGAGACUUCCAAACUUAAAAAUUUACCCCUAAAGUUAAAACACUUUACUUUAUUGUUACAUAAAAAUAUCACUGAUGAAGUUGCUAUAAAUAAUAAAGUAACUGCUGAAAAAAAUGAUGAAACUUUACUUCCUGAAACAAACUAUGACAAAAUAUCUAAUGAAAUAAAUUAUGACAAAAUUUCUAAUGAAAUAAAUAGUAAAAAUAGUGAUAAUAUACUGAUUGCUGAAAUUCAAAAAACUUUAAAUGAUAUUUUAACAUGUAUCUGUAAUGAUGUCAAUGUAGUUUCUAACAAUGUCAUGCAAAGUAGCCCAGAUAAAGAAAAAACUCAAUUAAAACUAAAUAAAACCAAGAACUGUAUUAACAUUGAUGAAGAUAAAGAAAUUUCUACAUAUCUUUCAAAAGUUUCUUGUGAAUGGUCGCAUUUACAUGAUUUGGAGUUAAUAUCAUUUCUAUUUGAGAAAAAGAAAGAGAGCGAAAGUCUCAUGUUGAAAGAAAAUUUACCAAAAGUAUUUAGGUCAGACAUAUUUGAAAAAAAUAAUUUUAUCAAAUAUCCACUUCUUUCAAAUGUAAAUGCGACAUUGCUAAUUUACAGAAGCAUAUCUUUGAUAAGAGUUGUGACUGUAAUUGACUCUGUUCUUGAUAUUCUUGUUGGGCCAUCAUUAAAGCGUGAUCAGUUUCAUAUUCAAUAUGAGGAGAAAUUUCCUUUAGCAUCAUUCAGCGAAGAUUCAUUUAAAUUAGUUGUUAAUAAAACACAGAUAAACAAAAACGAUGAAGUUGCAGAGAAAUUGUUACAUGAAAAAGCAUGUACAGAUGAAGAGAAAGACUUAUUUAAUGAGAUUUUUAUGAUGAUGACUUCUGAAAUUGAAUAUGUAAAGCAACAGGAGGCAAUCUUAAAGAAAAAAAUUGAACUUAUUAAUAAUAUUGAUGAACAAUACAAAGAACAGAUCAAACUUCUAAAUCAACAGGUUGAACUAAUUGAAGAACAGCAACACCUUCUUGUAGAAGUUUCUCUAGAAGAUUCUCAAUUUUUAUCAUCACAAAAUUUAGUUGCAGAAAAAAAACAACAGCGACAAGCUCUUUUAGAUAAACGAGACAAAAUUAGUGCUGAUAGAGUAAUUCAAAAUCUUGAAAAGAAUGAGUUAUUAAUAAUGUUGGAGCAAGUCUUGUCUCUUGAAACCAAACUUCAUCAAGAGAUGUCUUUAUUAAAGUUAAAAGGUAUUGGAUAUUUGCAUUCUCAAGUUUGUGGUUUAUCUAAAUUCUCUCAAUUUGCUCAUAAAGCUGAUCAAAUUAUAUCAAAAAUGCAAUCCAAUUCAAUAGUCCCAAGUCCUGUAGGAAACAAAAAUGUUCAUAAUAAUUCAGAAACUGAAAUGAAUGCUAAUUCAUUUACUUCUUCUACUUUGAAUAAAAACAAAUUUCGGUAUCUUCCCAAUAAAAUUUUACCUCGUUGUCGUUUUCUUUUGCCUCUUUCUAAAAAGAGAUUAACAUUUGUUAAGGAAAUGCUUGAGAGCAGUGAACGAUCAGCUCCUCAGCAUAUACCAGUUAUUUUUAUUGAUCGAUCUAUUCCACUCUCUCAAAGAAAAACUGAGAGUGACACAGUUUUUAAGCAAUUGUAUUAUGGUGUUCUGCAGAAACAAUUGAAUUACAGGUGGAACAGAAAGACAUGUGAACAGUGGUGGGAAGUAAAAUUUAUUGGAGAAGGAAUAAUUGAUCAAGGUGGUGGGUUUAGAGACAGUCUUGUAGAAAUUUCAGAAGAACUUUGCCCACCCAGUCCAGAAGUUAUUUCCCCACUCCCUUAUUUUAUAAAGACACCAAAUCAAAGAUCUGGGUCAGGAAAUCAUUUGGAUUGUUUUACAUUAAAUCCAUCCUGUGAUGACUUUUCACUUUUUUAUUGGAUAGGACAACUAAUGGGUGCAUGUUUUCGAACAGGUGAAUCAUUACCUUUAGCUCUAGCUCCUUAUGUUUGGAAAAUUCUUGUUGGUGAGCAUGUGACGUGGGAAAAAGAUUAUGCAACUGUUGAUGAAGCAGCAGUUCGAAAUAUUGGUUGGCUUGAAAGUAUUGAUGAAAACACUUAUUCUGAACUUAAAAUUGAAGAAGUCUUCACUACUCACCUAAGCAAUCAAGCUGAGUUUGAGCUUUGUCCUAAUGGUUUAAACAAAAUUGUGAAAUGGAAUGAUCGAAAAGAAUUUUCACUUUUGGUACGAAAAGCUCGUAUGUUAGAAAACAUAAAUCAGAUUAAAGCUCUACGCAGUGGCUUGACAUCUGUUAUACCAGAAGGAGUGUUAUCGUGUUUAACAUGGUGUGAUCUAGAGAAAAAUGUAUGCGGUGACCCUUGUAUAUCAGUUGAAGGUCUUAAAGCAAACUGUCGCUAUGGUGAUGACUUAAAUGCAUCUAGUCAAAAUAUAAUUUACAUGUGGAGUGCGUUGCAAAGUUUUACAGAAAUUGAAAGAAGUUGUUUUAUUCGGUUUGUAACUGGUAGAAAACGGCUACCUAGUCCGUUUAAUGUUUCUCGAUCCUCUAUGAACAUUGAUAAUUUACCAAGUGCUAGUACAUGUGGAAAAAAUUUGUUUUUACCAGAUUACUCUAGUGCUGCUGUUUGUACAGAAAAACUAAGAUAUGCAAUAUAUAAUUGUGUUGCUAUUGAUGCCGAUACAAGCCCUUGGUAAAUCCCUUGGUAAAUCCCUUGGUAAGUCCCUUGGUAAGUCCAAGCAAUUUUGAGUCUGUUAACUCGUUCGUUUUAUGGGUCAGAACCUGCGCUUUUAAGUUUCUGGUUUUAUUAUUGCUAUACUUUUGGAAAUUGAAACUUAUGGGCAAUAUUUAUGUAAACAUUAUUGAACGGGUUUUGUUGGUUUUUUUGGUGCAUUUUUGCAUUUUUUUAAUUUAUAACUAUUUUGAUAUUUUUUAUUGAAAAUCGUAUUAUACACUAUUAUUCUUUUAAAUUUUUUAAUAUUA